CUUAAACAUAUAGGAUUUGAUGGUUUGAGCAUUUUGGGACUAGCCUCUUUGUGAUGGAUGUGAUUUUUUUUGUGUCCAGCUAGUCAAUCCUGGAGCUCGUCCAUGGAAGCAGCAUUGGAGGGCAGAAGAGUCUGAGUCCUCUCUGUCCACCUCCCAAAGGAGCCUCCCCAAAUCCGCCCAUCAGGGAAGAGAUCAGAAGGGUCCGCCAUCCCACCCACAUCAGGAUGGUGCCACCCCCUCCCACCAACAAGCCGCACGUAUGCUUGUCCACCAUCAUAAUCAUGUGCAGCAUGGCACUCAUGGACGCGUACCUCGUUGAGCAGAACCAUGGCCCACGAAAGAUCGGCAUCUGCAUCAUGGUGACAGUCGGUGACCUCUGUUUCCUCAUCGUGCUGCGAUAUGUGGCGGUGUGGGUCGGGGCUGAGGUGAGGACGGCAAAACGAGGCUAUGCCAUGAUACUUUGGUUCCUUUACAUUUUCGUCCUGGAGAUUAAGGUGUAUUUUGUAUACCAGAACUACAAGUCUGACCGUAAAAGCCUGGACGCCUUGGCUCGGAAAGCUCUGACACUCCUGCUGUCCAUCAGUAUUCCCGUGCUUUUCGUGAUUCUGGUUGCUAUUGACCACAUGGAGUAUGUGAAGGCUUUCAAGAAGAAGGAGGAGAUCAGAAACCGUUUGUUCUGGGUGGUGGUAGAUCUGUUGGAUGUUCUGGACAUUCAGGCCAACCUAUGGGAGCCACAAAAGAAAGGGCUUCCUCUCUGGGCAGAGGGACUGAUGUUUUUCUACUGUUAUAUUCUUCUUUUAGUGCUGCCCUGUGUGUCUCUGAGUGAGAUCAGCAUGCAAGGCAUCAACAUCAGUCCUCACAAGAUGAUGCUCUACCCCAUUCUGAGUUUGGUGACUAUUAACAUUGUCACUCUCUUCAUCCGUGGAGGGAAUAUGCUCCUUUAUAAGGACAACAGAGUGUCUGGGAUACUCAUGGCCAAGAACAUCCUAGCCAUUGUUCUGAAGACAUGUAGCUUUGUGCAGUAUAGGAGACAGUUGCAGAGUGCCCCGCCUGGGUUUGGAGUUGAAUUACAGAAGAACUCUGUAGUGUCCGUUCGAUCCAUACAGACACCUCCACAGGUAGUGCUGCAGGAGCAAACGUCACUGCCUGAGAUCACCACAUGUGAACAUACGUGACCCGGAAUCUGGAGACUACUUGUACAAGGAAGCACACCUGUAAGGAUGCACAUCUCUGAUGAAACAAUGUGGAUGUAAGCUACAUGUCACACAUUAUUUUCAGCUGAGAGAAAUAAAAAUGGAGCAUAACGGUAUGAAGGUAGUCAGUAAUUGUGUAAUGUUAAACUCCCUUCCUUGUAUACUUUGCAAAUGAUGCUACCUUUCUAAAUAUGUCAUUGGGCAUUGAUUUUUUAAAUGGCUUUGAUCAUUGGGGUCCAGGUUUGGCUGGUUACUUUGGUCCAGUUCCCUGCUGGUAGAUGUCCAAUACACAAUCUGAUUGCAAGCAGAAAUUCAAAAACAUCUGAGUCCAGAAACUUGCAGUAGAAUUUUCACGUGGCUGAUAUAUUUCUGUAGGCUCUUGAAAUUUGUCUCUUCUGCUAAUGUCACAACUCAGGACAGUAAUUAAUGAAGGAU